CGAGCCUCCGCGAGGGAAGCAGCCCGGUGAAAAUCGCCCUCGGUUUCCAUGGACAACCCGUCCAUUAUCACCCAGGUGACUAACCCCAAAGAGGAGGAGAUCCUGUCCUGCGCUCAGGAUAAAGUGUCCCAAUGUAAUAUCAGCUUGAAGAAGCAGAGGAGUCGAAGUAUCUUUAGCACCUUAUUCUGCUGCUUUCGUGACUACAAUGUCGAUCCACCAUCUACCAACAGCACCAGUGCUCUUCCUCCGCUGGUGGAGGAAAAUGGAGGACUUCAGAAGGGUGACCAGAUGCAGGUCAUGCCUAUACCAAGUCCACCAGCUAAAUACCUCCUCCCGGAACUGACAGCAUCAGACUAUGGGAAGAAGUGUGUGGUCAUUGAUCUAGAUGAAACUUUAGUGCACAGUUCAUUUAAGCCGAUUAGCAACGCGGAUUUCAUUGUUCCAGUUGAGAUCGAUGGAACCAUACAUCAGGUUUAUGUAUUGAAACGACCACACGUGGAUGAGUUUCUGCAGAGGAUGGGAGAACUCUUUGAAUGUGUACUCUUCACAGCCAGUCUAGCCAAGUAUGCAGACCCAGUAGCAGACUUACUGGAUCGCUGGGGUGUGUUCAGGGCAAGACUCUUCAGAGAAUCCUGUGUUUUCCACCGAGGAAAUUACGUGAAGGAUCUGAGUCGACUGGGACGUGAGCUGAGUAAAGUUAUUAUCGUAGAUAAUUCUCCUGCAUCUUAUAUCUUCCAUCCCGAAAAUGCAGUGCCUGUGCAGUCCUGGUUUGAUGACAUGACAGACACGGAGCUGCUAGACCUUAUUCCUUUCUUUGAAGGACUAAGCAAAGAGGAAGAAGUUUACAGUAUGCUUCAUAAACUCUGCAACAGGUAGCCCUUAACUCAGACUGACUUCUGCUACUAGGUUGCAGUUGCUAGAGGCUGGCUCCAACUUUUUCAGCUCUUUCCAGCGUAAGCUUUGGGGAGGUCCCUCCUAUCAGAAGUGCUACUCCUGAUCUUCCUGUUACAUUGUACACGAAGGACAAUCAUGAGGAUGCUAUUAAGCCUUCAGAAGCCUGACUCCUAAGGUCACGUGUUCAGACUACUUUUUUUAAGGA